AUGACGAUCGCAGCUGGCGGAGGAACAGGCUCCAGCCUGGCACGCGCAAUUAUCAUUGUCACAGGCGUCUCGGCUUUGGUUUCCUCGCUCUUGUCUUUUGUGGUCCCGAUUUACGCAGUAUCAUCAUGGACGAGCAUCAUAUCGCUAACGGCGGCUCAAUUUCUGGAUCCUGUUCGCGAUAUCUACGAGGCAUUCACCAUCUAUACCUUCUUCCAGCUCCUCAUCAACUUCCUCGGCGGCGAGCGGGCCGUGAUUAUCAUGGCCCACGGCCGUCCUCCUAUUUCCCAUGCCUGGCCUCUCAAUCACUUCCUCCCAAAGAUUGACGUCUCCGAUCCCCACACAUUCCUCGCUGUCAAGCGUGGUAUCCUGCAGUAUGCUUGGUUGAAGCCAAUUCUGGCCCUCGCCUCCAUCAUAAUGAAGGCAACCGACACAUACCAAGAGGGCUAUAUUGGACUGAGCUCUGGAUACCUCUGGACAGGUAUCAUAUAUAAUGUCAGCGUCACGAUCAGUCUCUACUCUCUUGCCAUGUUCUGGGUGUGUCUACAUGACGAUCUCAUGCCAUUCCGCCCUAUUCCCAAAUUCCUCUGCAUAAAACUCAUUAUUUUUGCCUCAUAUUGGCAAGGUUUUUUCUUAUCGAUCCUGCAGUGGCUGGGGGCGCUUGGUAAUGUUGCUGGGUACACCCCCGACAACCUCGCGGCGGCCAUUCAGGACAGUCUUAUUUGUUUUGAGAUGCCAUUCUUCGCUAUGGCUCACUGGUAUGCAUUUUCGUGGCACGACUACGCGGACCCGACUAUCUCAGCUGCACGCAUGCCCGUAAAAUAUGCGCUGCGCGACGCAUUUGGCGUGCGAGAUUUGGUUGAAGACACCAAACUCACUAUUCGAGGUAAAAAUUACGGGUAUAGGCUCUUUGACUCUGGUGAUAAUAUCAUCCCGCAUGAGGAGUCGGGCUCACGGGUCAAGCGAGUAAUGGACGGCAUGAGUGAAAUCGAUGAAACCGCAAUGGACGACGAGGACGAGCGACUAUUCCUCAAUGCUCGUGCACUGGAAUUUGGAGAUUGGAAUUACCCGGUGAUUACCGCCAACGAGGUGCCAAGAGACCAACGGCUACCACCCACGCGAAGAAAUCAAGAUUCGAGCCGAGGGGCAGAUGUCAAAAAGGCCCGUAGGCACAGGAAAAGUCGCGCAUCAGAUGCUGUGAGCCGUCAAAGUCCCAAGCCGAAUUCCAAUAAGCCUGGCCCGAGCUCGGCGACUCCCGGUCCCUUGCAGCGAAACAUCAGCUCCACUAGUUCCAGCGGUACACAGCGCAGCCAGCUGGUUGACCUUGUUGUGGAGAAUACGGAGGCCGAGGAAGAAGAUCGAGCUCAGAUUCAGAGAGAAUAUGGCACUGCCUGGGCUGAACCUGAACCUCGCCGAUUCGAAAGACCGUCCGGAGAGCCAAUCGAGGAGGAGGAAGCCAAUUCGACACAGCCAGAGUCUAACCAUGACGAUGAUCGGCCCAAAUGGGCCUACGACGGCUUAGAGCAGGACAACGUAUGGGGUAAAUAG